AUGGCGGCCAGGGCGGCGGCGCCCGGCGCGGCGCGGGCCCCCUCGACGCCCCGGGCCGCUCGCUCGGGCUGGCGGGCGGGCGGGCGGCCGGCGUCCCGGGCGAGGGCGGCGCCCGGCGGACGGGCCCCGGGGAGUCCGCGGGUGGCAGGCGGGCGACUAGCGCGGCAGCCGGAGGGCAUCCCCGCCCCGCCCGGGACCCCGGGAAGCAAGAGUAAUUUCAAGGCAGGCCCAGCAGUGACGACUUGGAAACCCAUCUUAAGAUGUCUCAGAAUAAAAGGUCAUUGCCUUUUGGGAGGAAGACCACAAGAGGCUGGGACAUGCAUGUGUAGUGGUGAGCCAGCUUUUACCAAACAAAUGAGGACAGCACAAUGGAUGAUUCAAUGGUGGAGUAAUGAGACAGAAGAAAGGUACGGGUGAGUGAAGCCGAGCCACCUGCAUCCUGGACUUUCUGCCUGCCUCUGCUGUGUUUUGGGAGAGAAAUAAACCUCCAGCUUGUUUAA